AUGUCAUACCCACGCGUCACCCUCACCGCUACCCCCUCCCGCGGCCGCGGCGAGCUCGUCGCAAAACUCAACUGGUUCUUCCGGACGGCCCAGAACGACACCACAUUCUCCCCCCACGAAUUCGACGCCUGGUUCCUCACUCUCACCGUCGAAGACCGCGCAACCGUUCACGAAAUCCUCCAACCGCUGCAGCAAAACUGGCCUAGUCAAGUUGAAUACCCCAAUGUUAUUGCGCUGGUGCACUGGCUGCGUGAGCACCGUGCUGAGUACCAUGCGGAGCGGGUUGCAGAGCGAGCUGCUGCCGUUGCGAAUGGCGCCGCGGAGCAGGAGGUAGAUAGGGUGAAUGGGAAUUUGGGGGAUGUGGAAGAGAAGGUUAGACGGAUUGAGGAGACUUUGAAGAUGAUGCAACAGGCUUCGGGAGCUCCUCAGGAAGAAGCGGCAGCUGCGCCUACGGUACCUGAGCCUGAGCCACCCGUUCCUGAACCCACCAGCCCUGGAGGUAUCGACGAGGAGCCGCAGCCCAUUCAUCCUCGCCCAUAUCCUGUUGAUGGAAUGGAUGUCCUGGCCGUUCUCGUCAUGGUCUUGGCUCCGGCAUGCUUGGUACGUCUCCUGAUGAUCUUGUUCCUGUUCUCGGUUCUACGACAGGCCUCUAAUGGUACGCGACGUCUCUAG